AUGUGUCUCUCCGCGCAGGCUCUCCGCGCAGGCUCUCCCCGCCAUGAGCUCUUCGUUAAUGAGCCUUUAGAAGAAGCAGGAGGGGAGCUCCAUGUGAGCUCUGUGCGUGAACUUUUAGGGGAGGGGAGCGCAGGCUCCAUCACCGCUCUCGUCGGAAAUUUUGAGAGAAGAGGAAGCAGAUACUUCCAGAGUUUCCCUCGGAGGCAUCGGGAUUUGCGAAGACGUAUUUGGUUCGAGUUCAUCGUAUGCUGGCCAUGGAAAGCCGAGUCCACGAUUCGAAGAAAGCGUCGAUUGUUUCUCGGUCGUCUUUUAGAGCCCGGGCAAGAAUCCCACAUUCGGCUGGAGCAUGCUCUUUUAGAGAAAGGACCGUGGAGCAUUGAUGGGAGCGAGAAGAGGAAGGAAGAACGGCUUUAUAUCUGCUGGGAAGGAGCUGGCAUGGAGAGAACUCCGCACCGACCAGCCGGGCAGAAGGUCCCACGUCAACCUCCUCACCGAUUUUUAGAGAACGCGCCGGAAGCUGCUGUGACAACUUCGGAUCGACUUGGGAAGAUGACUAAACGCCCAAGGACAAAUUCCCCUUAUGCAAGCCGGGAAAUGCACGAAUGGUUGUUCGGUACAGCGCUGCGCGGCAUCACUUCCCUGGAUCAACGCGCCGCCGCGACCGGCGCUACCUAG